UACCCUACAAAUAUCCACCAGAACAGCUUCUUCGCUGCCGCACGAGAAAAUUCUUAGCAUCAUAUGAACACUUAAGCUUAGAAGUAUAGAGUUUAUGUCUGUCUGUGUUUGAAAAACAUGAGCUUCGGUUUGGUUUCAUGUCGAUCCAUGUCCGUUUAAAGCAGCAAUUGCUUAGGAUUCUCAGUGUCUCAGAUGCAGCAUACGAGCUGAGCACACGAGGUUGUUUAAAUAGUCUUCCUCAAAUUGGGAGCUGGCAAUGUUUCCUUUCAACAUAAAUGAGGCUUCCCCAAAUUGUACAGGGCACACAAUCAAGCCUGUAGUUUGGGUUAAACAACAGAAGCCUGUAAAUCUGAUGCAAGAAAGGGUUAUUUUCUAAAUUGUGGGAAAAUUCUGUAAAUAUUGUAAACCCAUCUGCUCUCAGUCCUCAGGAUAUGGAGAAUAGUAUACAAUUUUGUAAAUUGGUGUGCACUUUUAUCAACGAAAAAAUGGAGUAUAUAAUCUUGUUUCUGUUGUCUUUGUUGCUGAAUUGAGCUAAAGAGAUUUCUUAGCCAUAGCCAUGAUUUGCAAUGGUUUUACAUUGAUAUUUUAUGAUAUCUAAGCAUAGCUUAUCUUGCUUGGAGUGGAACACCAUAAUUCUAGAAUCCAUGGUAGAAAAACUAACAAUUAUAUUAAGAGUUAUAACUCUCUUUUGGCUUUUAACUUUUAAACUUUUUGGCGAAGAAGAAAGUAUAAUUAACUUUUCUAAUCAAAUCCAAUUACCUACAAUUGCAAAUCCUGAAGCAAUCAGGAUUCCAAAUCAGAUCAUGGUAUACUUAUGAUUCCCCUCCCAUAUAAAUACGUGGUCUUCUUAAUCCCGGUAGUUCCUAUCAUCAUUGAUCUUCUAUCAUAAGCUAUUGUUUUUGUUCAAUUCUGGGGUUCUUGGGUGUUUUCUAGUCCUGUUCUGAGCUUCUAAGGUUUUCAGGAAUCCAACAUGUCAGACCUAAGUAGUUGUGGUUCAUCCGACAAGGAUGUCGAGCCAUUCGUAGAGGUUGAUCCAACGGGCAGGUUUGGAAGGUAUCCUGACUUGCUUGGUGCAGGUGCAACCAAGCAAGUUUACCGCGCAUUCGAUCAAGAAGAGGGCCGAGAGGUUGCUUGGAAUCAGAUUUCUUUAACCAAAUUUAUGGACAAUGACUACAUUAUUAAAAAGUUAUAUGCUGAAGUUGGAUUGCUAGCAAAGCUCGACAACAAGAACGUUAUUUCCUUGUUUAGCUAUUGGACCGACUACGAACACAACAGAUUGAACUUCAUCACUGAAGUCUGCACGUCUGGGAAUUUGAGAGAUUACAGGAAAAAGCACCGCCGUUAUGUAACAAUCAAUGCGGUAAAGAUGUGGUCAAGACAAAUUCUCAAAGGCUUGGAGUAUCUCCAUAUGCAUGAGCCCUGCAUAAUCCAUAGAGAUCUCAAUUGCAGCAACGUGUUCAUCAACGGUAAUGCUGGAGAAAUCAAGAUUGGUGAUUUCGGAUUCGCAACUGUAGUUGGGAAGAACCACAUUGCCCAGUCGGUGAUCGGGACGCCAGAGUUCAUGGCUCCGGAACUGUUCGAGGAGAAUUACACGGAGGCUGUGGAUAUAUACUCGUUUGGGAUGUGUUUACUGGAGUUGAUUACUCAGGAAUUGCCCUACAGUGAGUGCGAUAGCAUUGCAAAAAUUUACAAGAAAGUGAGUGCAGGGGUGAUGCCAGAGGCGAUCGACAAGGUGAAGGAUCCGAAGGCCAAAGCCAUUAUCAAAAAGUGUCUUGUGAAGCAAUCGGAGAGACCAUCUGCAACCCAGCUCCUCGCAGAUUCAUUCUUUCAUGGACUUGACCAGGAUGAAAACUACGACGAGGCAUUCUGACGAUUCUAAGCUAAUCCAGACUCUACUCUACUGCUCUCUUAGGGCUUUUCUUUUUCUUUUCAUCGGCGUUUACAUUCAUUUUAUGAACAGCUUAGGGCCUCAUUUCAACUUUGUUUUGUUUGUAUUUGUUCUUGAUGGAAAUUAUAAUCUGACUUGUUUGAUUUGUACGUACCUAUCGAGUUUAUUCUGAUAAUUUCACAACAAUAUUCAUUCA